UUUUUUCGAGUCAACAAUUUUUUUUUGAUCCAUUAAUCGUGACACAUCAAUAGCCCGAUAACAAAUCAAAUACAAAUCAACUGUGCUGAGUACGACCAACCAACCAACCUAUAGCAACCACAAUGGUGGCAAUAGUGUUUUCGAAUGUUUUAGUUGGCUGGACAAAUGAAUGAAAAAAAAACAUUCGAAUUUGAGAAAAAAAAAUCAUCAUCAAUUGUCGUCGUCGUCGUCAUCGUUCAAUGUCAAUCAAAACGGUAAUCAUAAUUCACUUUGAAAGGAAAACAAAACAUUUUUUUUUCUCGUUCGUUGGCAAAUAUUUAUGCAUCAUUGUCGUCGUGGUCCGAACUGGCUAAAACACUAAUUAUUCAAAUUGUUUCGUCCAUUUUUUUCCUCGUUCAUCAUCAUUCAUUUUAUUAUAUAUACCUAUAGUAUGGUUUUCACAUGUAAUUGAGAUGAACUAUCUGGCAAAUGAACAAACAAACAAACAAACACAGUGGUUUUUUUUUCUUUUUUAUUUCAUCAAUCAAUUUUUUUCUAAAUGAUCAUUCAAUACAAUUGAAGAGAUUGGUAUAAUGUGGAAAAAAUCAAUAUACACUGUGCUCAUUGAUGAUUAUAUCCAUGGUGAUAAUCAAAUCAAAUUAUCAUCAUUGAUAUUAAUCAACAUACAAACAUCAGCCACAAAUUUUUAAAUGUCAACAUUUGAGCAUAUCAACAGUCUAAUUUAUUUUUUUUUUUCUUGUUUAAAAUAGCAACCAGUGUGUUUGCCUGUGUGUGUGUGUGUGUAUGUGUGGAUAAGGUGUUUUGUUUUGUUUGAUUUUUAUCAAUUAUUUCUUGUGGAAAGUAUUAUAUCUCGUCGUGUAUUAUGUUCAGAUUUUUUUUUUGUUGUUGGAUAGUGAACUUUUUUUUUUUGAUUUUCAAUCAUCAUUUUAAAGAAAUGCCAACAACAACAGCAACCACAUGUGUGAUCUGAAUGAUGUGAAAUUUGAUACCAUACAUUGAAUGUUCAUGUAAUCAGUGGUUUUUUUUAUAAUUCUGAAUAACAUCUCGAAUUUCACAUUCGAAUAUUUUUGUGAUUUCAUCAAACAAGAACAAGCGUCAUCUUGACUAUUACUAAAAAAUACAUCGGGUGUUGUAUGGUGGUGGUGGUGGUGGUGGUAUUGAUUCUCUAUUGAUUUAUUGAAAAUUUAUACACUAACUCACUCUUAUCAUCAUUGCAUAUAUAUAUUUCUUAUAUUUCCAUUAUCCAAAAAUGAUAACAUCAUUGUCAUAUGAACAAAUGAAUGGAUGAUGAAUACUGCACAUUAACAAAUCAAUAGAAAGUUUUCGAUAUAGAUAGAUAGAUGGCAAGAAAUCAUCAUCAUACUUAAAUAUAUUCCAACAAUCAUCAAAUAGAUAAGAUUGUAAAUCAUCCAACAUUUACAAUCCACACACAUAGCAGACUACCAGUACGGUUGGGACCCAAAACAAUAUUAUUGCAAAGAACAAAGAAAAUCUGUUGAUUGGAUUGUUUGAAAAGAGCAAAAAAGAAAAUUAUUUGGCAAAAAAUUGACAAAAAAAAUCAAAUUUUCUAUUCAUUACAGUUCAUUCUGAUUUUAUAUAUAUAAUAACAUUUACAAAUUAACAAGAGUUGUUCAUUUGCAACGUAUAGAAAAAUGUCAAGAAUUAUUCCAAAUCAACAAUCAUCAAUUUUCAUCAUUAUUUCAUUGUUUUUGUUGUUGGCUUUAUCAUCAAUAACCGAAGCCAAACAAAAAGAUGGAAAAUUUGCCACAAUAUUGGAUGAAUAUCAUUCAACAAUUAAAUGUGUGAUAAAUAUUGCUGAAGAAACCAUUCCAGAAUUGGAUGAUUAUGUUGCAUGUUGUGGAUUUUGGGCCAUAAAUGAUUGGCUACAGAAUAAGGUAAGCGAAGAAUGUGAAGAAGAUAACGUGAAACAAGUACAACAUAUUAGUGGCCUGGUUGAACCACAAAUUCGUCAACAUUGUACAGCAUAUGAACGUGGAUCAUUCACAUGUCGAAUGUUGAUCAUAAUGCCAAUCGUGAUGGUCGUUUUGUUUAUAUUGUUUGUCAUUUCAUUCUGUAUUUGUGCACAUGUAUCGUUAUUUAAAUGGAUCCAAGUACGACGUAAAUAUCGUCGUGUUGUAAAUCUUAAUCUACAAUCUGAUGAACCAUUUGUAUCGGCAAAAAUGAUGAAUGAAAAAACCAAAGGCAAUGGACAGACAAUGAACAGCAGUAGCAAUGAUUAUGGUCAUCAUCAUCAUCAAUCAUCACGAUUUAAAAAUCAACCAUAGAAAAAAAAACGAAAAAAAUGCAUGUUUUA